GUGUUAGGAGCCAAAAAAUUACAGACAGUGGGAGAAGUUGAUUACUUUGUUUUAAAAAUAGUCAUUUUCAUGGUGUACUUUUAUGAUUAAGUUAGUGAAUAUAGUUAAUUGUGAUAUAAUAUUUAGAUAUUCUCAGAAUUAAAGCCGAAAACUAGGUUUAACCGUUGAGUAACAUGCUGAAGUAGAAGACAUUGUAUAUUUCGAUACCGAUUUUGUGUAUACUGUUGUCGCGUUUCAAGUCAACCCGACGCUGGCAGAAAAAAAAAUUUUGUUUCUUUUCCGACUAUACCUGAUAUAGUUUGCUCAAGAAAUGCUUGAACUAUUGUAACAAAGACAGUACAAAUUGGUCAAAAGAACGCUAGAAUACAAUGAUGGAAGUUAACCAACCGCUGGGAACCGGUGUGCUGGAGUUACAAAAGAUGAGCUCGACAUCGGCGGUAGCCAGCAGUGCGGAAAGUUUGCAGGACAUAUCUCCGGAAGUUAAGCAAAAUGGAAUUAGUGUCGUUGAUAAAACACUGUCGGAAGUGACAAUGGAUAUUGACGAUACUAAAGCAGCGGAGGACGAAGAUUCUAUGGAACGAUUGACGUACGGCGACCUGGACGAUGUGGAGAAUGAAGAUCAAGCAACGGAUGCCAGCGCAAACCAAACCGAACUGGCACAGACAAUCUCAGAUACAUUAAUCGAGGACAUCAUUCUGCUGAACAAGAGUAAAAAGCACACCGAUGACAAAAAUAUGGAUGGGUUGGAAGAGGAACAAUGUUCCGAACAGGCACCACCUUCGGUUCAAUCGUCUACGGAACGGGAAGGCACAGCCAAUGGAGAAGAUGAAAACAUCAACGGCAUCGGUACCGUGGAAGAAGGCGAUACAUUAAUGGAGUUGGAUGAGCUGCCACCACCUUCGACGAACGGAGUUAGUGAGUUGGAUGAGGAGGAGAAUCUGUUACUACUGGAGGAAGACGACGUUGAAAUGGAUGUACCCCAUGAAGCAGAUGAAACUUUGCUAUUAGAAGAGGAGGACAUUGGAGUCGAAGCGGAAGAGGAAGACGGCACUUCCCCAGAGUCAGCUAUUCAAAUUGAGGAUAGCGUAGUAAUUGAGGAAAAUGCAGAUGCGACAGCAGUUACAGAUGGAAGUAUUAUGACGAUUGACGAAAGUGGACUGAGUAUUUUGAAUACUGCUGCGGUCGAUAUUGGCGAUGUAACUGCGGAUGUGUCUGUGAGAAUGGCGGAUGAGAAAGAAACGCUAGAAACGACGAUAUCGGCGGAAAUAAUUCCGGAAGAUUCUUCGGUAACAGAGGAUACCGAACAAUUGAACUUGUUAUCAACAGCAGAACAAAACGAAGAGCCACCAGUAUUUGCAUUGAUGGAAGAGAUGGUUACAUCUAUAGCUGAUAAUUUGAAACCGGGUGACAGUGAAGCUGAACCGACGGUUGAAUUGGAAGAAGAAGAAGAAGAGCGUUUUGCAACACCUCAGCUUUCACCGGAACUUAGUGAUUUGAUUAAAUUUCCUGAUGUAGAGAAAAUUGUGGCCGAGGUAGAACAAAAUGACGCACCAGACAGUGCAGUUGUUGGUACGGAAUGUUCUGAAAAUACGGAUUUGAUGGAAUCUCCAGGUGAUAACACAAUCGUAGAAGAUAAGCCAGCAUCGGAGGACGUUUUAUCUGCAGCAAAAACAAGCGAAGUGGAGGUAUCGGAUUUGAUCAAGUUUGAUAGUGCUAUUGUAGCUGAAGAAGAAUCCAAUCAGGAAGAAAUCGAGCCUGAAUUGUCGGAUCUAAUAAAAUUCAAAAACGAUUGCACCUCGAAGGAGGAACCGAUCAGCGAACAACCAGAAGACGUCGCUAUACCAGAAGCUCCGCGGGAAAAUUUGCCAGAAUCUGUUGAUGUCAAGACGGAGGAUGAUAAAACACCACCCAAUGAUACGGAGGAAGCUGUUCCGGCCGAAGAUGCAAAUAUAUUGGUUGACGAGGUAGAUCAGCAAUUACCGACCUGCCGGCAGGCAUUGCAAGCAGCUGACGAGGAAGAUUUGCUGGAAAUGAUGGAGGAGCCGGACCGGAUGGAGGCUGAUGAUGAAAACGGCGAAGAAGAUCCGGAUGAUCACAGCAGUGAAUCCGGUAGUGCGAAGCAAACGCAAGCCGAUGAUGAGGAUGAUUUUGAAGGUUCAGAUUGUACCGGUAUGGAGGAAGAUGAGGCCAGUAGGAAUACAGAGGAUCGCGAGGAGGUUGCUGAUGGAACCGAUGAUGUUCAUUCUGCGGAGGACGAGAUAACGCAGGGGGAGCCGCCCAGUAAACGGAAAUGUUCUGUCGACGUGAGGGAAGCUCAAGAAGAGAAAUGUGAUAAGGAUACUAAAGUAGGGGAAGAUAGUUUGGUAGUUCAGGAUAAAUCUUCUGAUCAAGUCGUUGAGGCGACAGCGGAACCGAAGAAACCUGAAACAGACGCAAAGGGCGAGUCAAAAGCUUCGGUGGUCAUGAGUGAAGAAAUGGAUGUUGCUGAUGAGGUUACGGAAAAACCGGAAGAAACUGUUGCUGUUAAGGAAUCGACUCCCGAAGAAGUACCUGGUAUAGAGCAAGCUGACGAACCGAGUCCGGCCAUUACGGAGUCUAAAAAAUCGAACGAAACUGUUGCACAAAACGAAACGGAGGUUAAACCUGAUGAAGUUAUCGAAGCUAAAGUCGAAGAAAAUAAACAAGAUACAGCGGACGAAGACAUUGCUCAAAAAGAUUUACAAGAAGCUAAGUCUGAAAAAGUCGAAGAGGUAGACCCUUCUGAUAAGACUGUCGUUGAGGAGAUGAAACUCUCCGAAGAACAGGAAUCAGAGACAAUUACAGUUAAGAAUGACUCCGUAAAAGGUGAACUUCCAAUGGACAUUGAACAAUCCGGUCAACUUUCCAAGAUGGACGUCGAAUCCAAGGAGGUUAAAACUUGCAAAGAGGAGGAAGCCAUGGUUGAAGAGAAAGAGUCUUCCGAGAAAAAGUCGCAGGAGACUGAGGUAAAAGAUAAGUCGGCUCAGGACGAGGUUUUGAUAAUAGAUGACGACGAGGAUGUUCCAGAAAAAAAGGAACCCGAGUUAAAAUCGGAGACAGAUUCCACGGGACCGGCAAAAGAUGAUUCAUCGGCUGUAAUCACAGGAAAACGUCCUUGUCCAGAGGAUCAGUCUGAAGAGAAAGACGGACAAGAGUCUGUCAAGAAAAUCCGAUUAACAGAAGAGAAAAUUGAUCCGGUCAAAGUUGAGGACAAUGAUAAGGAACCCAAGGAGGAGAUAAAGGAAGAGUCCGCAGUAGAGGAACGGAAGAAGCCGAAAGAAGAAAAGAAGUCAGCUUUGGAAACAAUUGAAGCGCUAAAACUAGUUUUGAACCCAGAACCCGUAGAACCUCCAAAGGAGAAGAAAACAAUUCGGUUAGAUUUCCUGGAUAAGUUCAAAAAACCCCUGGAGAAGAUGAACCGUUCCGAUUUGGAAGAAUUCGUCCUCCAGAAAAUUGUGGAAAGUGUUGCUUUCAAAUCAACCAUUGCCGAAAUGAGAACCCAGCUGGACGGGCAGGAUGUGCUUUUGCUAGGUUACCGCCAAAAGGUGCACGACUUAAACAAGCAGUUUAAAGACCUUGAAAUGGUUCACGAGCGGGUUGUGAAAGAUUUGGAAAAGAAAAAUCAACACUUCGUUACCCCAGUGAAGAUAACACGAGCAGUCGGUCUGCAGGUUUCCCAGCCACGCUUUGUCUCCGGAAACCGACAGUCGAUGGGUAAUGUUGUAUCCGGAACCAAUUCUCCCAAGGGAACCAUCAAUCGAUCUCCUGUUGGAACUCCCUCCGCUUCUCCUAACCGAAGCGCUCCUCAAGCUAUCGUUCAAAACCGGCGAACAAGCUUUGGACGAGCUCCUCCUGUUGUGAUAAAGGCAUGCCCACAGCCGAACUCUAUCAACCGCCCCACGCAACCUACAACAUUAAGCAAACCUUCGCCGGCCAGUUCAUCUGCUACCCCAACUACCAACAAAGGUGUAAGUGCAUUGCAAUCCCAGACGACAAACACCAGCUCCCCGCAACAACAUUCCGCAUUGCCUGCUGCAUCACCGACAACACCUAGUCCUGGUACGGUGCCACCACUCACCAGAAAAAAGCCCCUGCAAAAGUUCACUCCCAUGCGGCCACCAUUAUCCAUCACUCAGCAGGUUCAGCAGCAGCAACAAACGCGACAAAUGCAAGAACAGCUAAUGAGACAACAAAUUCAGGACGUUCACACUGGUGCUAACAACACAACCAACGGCACUGGAAGUCAGCCCCAAAGUCCUGUAACACAAUCACCCCAAGGAUCGCCAUUAACACGCACACCAGAACCCGCGGCAUCGCCAUUGGGAACAACACCCGCCCGCGUUCCUCCGAUUGUGAUGAAGAAAGUAACACCCCAAGCGAAGGGAACUCCCGCCACUAUGCAAAUCAUCAACCGUCAGACCCCUUCGAUGGUCACAGCCGUUUCGACGGCCAACGUGCGGACAGUUCAGGCGGUUGCCAGCGUUGCGACGCCGACGACACCCGUGAUGGAUAAUUCGUUAAUAGAUCUUACCGACGAAGAUGACACACCGAAGCCAGCAACAGCAGCAUCGCCAGCAACUGCCUCGACCGCUACCGCACCGCAAGCAGCAGUCGUACCCAAACCACCGAUCACCAUUCUCAACGGGCAGCAGCAGCACUACGUUCAACGACAGAAUGCCUCCAUGCCACCGCUCGUGGUUAUCAACCAGCAACAGCGAGUAGUUAAUCGAGCUGUGUUACAUCAACGCCCUAUGGCGGGAACACAGACGGGCGGCAUGGUUAAUGGUAUUGGAACCCCUACCCGUCCAAUGCUGGUACAACGACCGGGAAAUGCAUCCAAUGGGUUUCCUCGGGCGAUUGCUACACAGCAAGCUUACAAACCGCGCAUGGCGAACGGACAAAUGGAUAUGAAUCGUCGCAUAAUAGCUCGUUCAGUACGUCAGCCAACCCCGGCACCCACCCAUUUCACUCAUCCGGCACCGUUGCCCCAGCCAGGCAUCCAGGCUAACAAUCCCGCAUGGAAGCAAGCACCGCCCCGUCCAUCCAUUCGGAUUAACAACAUUGAAACAGGCAUCGUAAUAUCCUGGACCAUGGAUGAUCUAUCGGAGAUUCACGCAACGAUUGUGAGCUAUCAAAUUUAUGCGUACCAGGAAACGACCGCACCGCCCUCAAUGGACAUGUGGCGCCAUGUAGGCGAUGUUAAGGCGAUGCUCUUGCCGAUGGCCGUCACUUUGACACAGUUCCAGGAGGGUCAACGGUAUCAUUUUGCGGUGAGGGCUGUCGAUGAGCACCAGCGGGUUGGGCAGUUUAGUCCACCGCGGACGUGGAACGAAUCAACCCCUGGUAAGGUAGCUUAAGGCGUUUAGUGUGUAGUAGAAAUUUUCAAAUGUUUUAAUCCUUCAAAACCUAGCAAAGUAAGAGAAUAAGCACUAGCGAUAAGCUUUAUUUAAAGAAAAAACAACUCCUUUUGUUCGAAUAGAUUUUAUCUUGCAAAGCGAAAAUAACAGAAAUAAUUAAAAUGGAUAAAUUAAAUUAAUUAACUAAAAUUGAAGGCAUUUGCUAAGUGUUUCAGUGUGCCGACUACAUUAUAUCGAAUUAGUAAGCAAACGUAGAAAGAAAAGUAAAAAUCCAUGUUUCCUUCGUAUACUGUCAGCGAUAGUCGAGAUCACUUCUCAGCUCUUGUGUUUCUCCGGAAUUGAAUGCGUGACGACAGUUUUGCACAAAAAAAAAGUUGAUUGCGCUCUCUUCGCGGGGGAAAACUGAUACCAAUAAUACAAUAUGUGAAAUGUUCUGUACUCCAACUUGUCAGAGAACCAUUCAUGAUUGCAUACAUAUGAUACUGUCACUAUUGUCGAAGCUCUAGGCUACCUUAAAUAAAUAUUCGUAAGAUCAUGGAAGAUUAGAAGAUAGUUAGAAUGCUUUUAGAAAUAUGAGCAACAUUUAAUAUAAAAUUCAGCAUUAUUUCUGAAA